AUGUCGGUCGUUUCGUCGCCCCCAUCCCCUAGCUCCACGGCAACAAAUCAGCGGGCGCCGGCUAGUCUGCUCAACUUUGAGGUGACUUUUCUCGACCUCGACCUCGACCUCGACCUCGACCUCGACCUCGACCUCGACCUCGACCUCGACCUCGACCUCGACCUCGACCUCGAACCCGACCCCGAUCUCGACCCCGACCCCGACCCCGACCUCGACCCCGACCUCGAACUCCCCCCUCCCCGAGCCCUCGACGGCGUUCGGGUCUGCGACGGUGCGAAAGACAAUACCCAAUCGUUCGACAACUGUAUCCCCGGCUCCCACAUCGCCAAACCCGUGGGACAGGACACCGAACAGAGUCCGGCGCGAACCCCUUCCUCUCCUCGCUCUGCCUCCAGCCAGUGCUCGCCUUCUUCCAAAGGACAAUCCGCAGCCCAGUCGAGAGCUGCGAAGCGCAUAUCGCCGCCUCUGAUGAACGGUUUAAUGGGGACCGUGCCGCAGUCCGUCAUGUUCGUACGAGCGCUGUACGACUACGAGGCUGACGACCGGACGAGCUUGAGCUUCCACGAAGGAGAUCUCAUCCAGGUCAUCACCCAGCUGGAAAGCGGCUGGUGGGAUGGCGUCAUCAACGGGGUACGAGGCUGGUUUCCUAGCAAUUACUGCCAGGUGAUUACGAGUCCGGAAGACGCGCAGGAAUGCAAGCAGAACGGUACCGCGGGAGAGCUGGAGGACGACAAUGGAGAGGAGAGAGAAGGGUCUGCCGAGGAGUCCGAGGACCAGUAUGAAGAGGAAUCUGCCGAGUCAGAAAGAGACGAGGUGACACGGCUUCCCGCGAGCAACGAUGAACGGACAAGAGCCGAUUUCUGGAUACCGCAAGCUACUCCGGAUGGUAGGCUGUUUUAUUUCAACACGGAGACGGGGGAGAGUAGUAUGGAGCUUCCUCUGGAAUCGCCGUCUUCAGCCACGGAGAAUGGACCUCGCGACCGGAUGAAUGUCAACAUUCCUGAGAAGACGCGACCACCACCCGAGCUGAUGGCAAGAGGAUACAUGCAGGAUGAGGAAGAUGAGUCGGAUGGGAAUUCUGCUUCGGAACUUGAGGGAGAAAGCCUGAUGCUCGCAGCCGAAAGCUCCUACUUCCCUGGAAAACGGCAGUCCCUCGAAUCGCAGGGGAUCUCUCCUGCACCCUCGAUGGACUCAAUGAAUGCCUCAUCCGUCUCGCAGCCGCGAACUGGGGACUCCUUCGUAAAUCCCAAUUUGUCCAUCAUCACCGCAAUGCCAAUCAUGGGUCCCUCUACCACCUCCUUCACGAACCCGUCUCUCAACUCCUCGAAUCAUCCCCAUCCCGCGACCUUACCCCGAUCUUUCUUCACCGACGGCUCAGCUGCACCAUUAACUUGGAACAGAAUAGUAGCUAGCAUGAAGAAGGCGGUGGACCGGUACCGGGAAGCAAUCAACCAAAACUAUCGGUCGGAAUUUGUGCGCCGAGCGGAGGAUAUAUCGGAUCAUCUGCGCCUCCUUCUUGCGGCUGGAUCCGGUACAACAGAUAAUCACUCUGGCCAGCCAUCCAUCAUAUCCACCAACAAAGCCUUGUAUCCUCAUUUUCGGGACAUGAUGUCAAAGUUCUCGAAGCUGGUCAUCUCUUCACAUAUUGCUGCGGCAGAUUGGCCAAAUGCGGAGUCGUAUCUGAAGUGUCUGCAGGAGGCAGAUGGCGUUUUGCAGGGUGUCUUCAGCUACGUCGAGGUUGCCCGACAACAAAGAGGAGAAGACAUCCCAAGGUUACUGCCAGGCUUCGUGAUCGGAAGUACGACUGGUGGGAGCUGGCAAAACAACGGCCUCAGCUGUCGAGAUCCAUUGACUUCAAAUUUUAUGGAUGAAGACGAGGGACCGGCUGAGCCUUCCGCUCCCUUGAAUGCUGAUUCGAUGGAGCGUCUUGAUGAUCUUAAGCGAUCGCUGACCUUGAGUAUACGGAAAUUGGAAGAGCAGCUUGUGGUCACGGAGAAGAUUAUCACUCCGUACACACACGAACUCAUCGGUGACAAUAUUUGCAUAACGGCCAAAAAAGUUUUGGAUGUAUUCAAGCCAUGGAUCUCAACCGUUGAAUCUAUCAACCUCUCGUCUCUAGCCAGCAGCGUCCAAAACCCUUCGCUGAUCGACUUUUCACAGCAAAAGCAGAGCUUGUAUGACAAUACCUCGGACCUCAUUCUAGCGUGUCAAGCAGUUGCGGGGCCGUUGGGAGAUGAGUGGGCUGAGGUCCGCGGCGAAUCACUCGAAUCUAGACUCAAUUAUGUGAGGCUGUGUGCGAAGCAGCUGGAAGUCAAUGCAUCCCAUAUUUGCUUUUCGUUACAACUACUUGGAGAACAAGUACAGCUCGUUUCUCCUCAAGACCAAGAAGCACCACCUCCACCCCCGAGAGAUGACUUGAGGACAGGCGAGACGCCACGAAGAGUUGAAAGCAUGUCGUUUGAGCGCUCGCAUCACCGUACCGAUUCCCGCGUUACCCUGUUGAGGCCAGGGCUAGCUGGGAUCGCUCAAUCUCACUCUUAUUCGGUAGGGGACACCACUCCGACCUAUCGCAAUGGAGAAAACUCGAAAGUCAGGAAAUUCUUUGGAGAAGAACCCGGGCGUGAUCCUGGCCAGCCGCAGCAGGACGAAACCCCUGAUUGCCUCAAACUGGACCACGAAGACGAUAUAUCCUAUGAUACGAAGACCACACCUCCGCAGCUGAAGGGCGGUACCCUCCUUGCACUUGUUGAGCAACUGACUCGUCACGACAAGCUGGAAUCCAGUUUCAACAACACCUUUUUGUUGACAUAUAGGUCUUUUACCACCGCUCGGGAACUUUUCGAGAUGCUGGUCAAGCGGUUCCAGAUCCAACCACCCGAUGGUUUGAUACAGUCGGACUACGAAAUCUGGAGAGACCGUAAACAAAAACCCAUCAGAUUUCGGGUCGUGAAUAUCCUCAAGAGUUGGUUUGACAAUUUCUGGAUGGAGGACCAGAGCGACGAGACCAAGGCACUUAUUCGCGAUGUCUACACAUUUGCGAGAGACACCGUCAAGACAACAGAGACACCUGGAUCGGGUCCUCUAAUGGCGGUUCUGGAGCAGCGAUUGCGUGGGCAAGAUACAACGGCCAAACGUCUUGUUCUGACAUUGAACCAAUCGACACCUCAGCCUAUCAUGCCCAAGCACAUGAAGAAGCUCAAGUUCUUGGACAUAGAUGUCACUGAGUUUGCUCGCCAACUUACCAUUGUCGAGUCAAAGCUCUACGGUAAAAUUAAGCCCACGGAAUGUCUGAACAAGACUUGGCAGAAGAAGGUUGGCGAAAACGACCCAGAGCCAGCGCCAAAUGUCAAGGCUCUCAUCUUACAUUCGAACCAGUUGACCAACUGGGUAGCCGAAAUGAUUCUCACUCAGCUGGAUGUGAAGAAACGUGUUGUGGUCAUCAAGCACUUCGUUCUCGUAGCCGAUAAAUGUCGGCUACUGAACAACUUCUCCACACUGACCUCCAUCAUCUCUGCCCUCGGCACAGCACCCAUCCAUCGAUUGAAGCGAACAUGGGACCAAGUACCAGCCAAAACGUUGGCUAUCCUGGAGACGAUGCGCAAAUUGAUGGGCAGCACCAAGAACUUUGGGGAAUACAGAGAGAGCUUGCAUCUUGCCAACCCGCCUUGUAUUCCGUUUUUCGGUGUUUACCUCACCGACCUAACCUUCAUCGAAGACGGUAUUCCCUCCAUCAUCAAAAAAUCCACCCUGAUUAACUUCGCCAAACGCGCCAAGACGGCAGAAGUCAUCCGCGACAUCCAGCAAUACCAGAAUGUGCCCUACCCUUUGCAAUCAGUUACCGAGCUCCAGGAUUACAUCUUGACCAAUAUGCAAGCAGCGGGCGACGUGCACGAGAUGUACGAGAAGAGUUUGGCAGUUGAGCCAAGGGAAAGAGAAGACGAGAAGAUUGUCAGGGUUCUAGCUGAGUCUGGCUUUCUCUGA